GAAAAUAACGGCCGUGAGGAGCCGCGUCCACUCCGUGUUUCCGGUCAGUGUUUUUACCUCCGAGAAAAGCAUCUCCUUUUUGUAAUAUCUCACUUCCGCAUUUGUUGUAUCCUAACGGAAAAUUUCAUCUUUUCCUGAAAGACAAAAGAAAAUUAACUGUUCCCUCUAAGAUGGCUAUGGUGAAGAGUGGUUGGCUCCAUCGACAAAGCACCAUACUGCGUCGGUGGAAAAGAAACUGGUUUGACUUAUGGGCUGAUGGACGACUCGUGUUCUACAAUGACCAACAGCGGCGCGACAUGGAGGAUGACAUCCACAUGAGGGUCAACUGCAUUAACAUCCGUAGCUCUGCUGCAUGUCAGGAGCUGAACCCACCGGAGGGGAAGAUGCGUGAUGCCUUGCUGCAGAUAGUGUGCAGGGAUGGACGGGUCAUCAGCCUGUGUGCAGACAGUGCAGAUGAUGCCUUAGCCUGGACCAUGGCACUUCAGGAUGCCAGAAUUAACACGGUGGUCGCUACUCCUCAGAUCGGCUUUGCGCAGGAAGUGAUGGCAUCUGCUCCUCCUCCCUACUCAGAAUACGCUCCCCCACAGGUUUAUGCCCCAGGUCCAUAUGGAGACUAUGUUCCAGCUCCUCCACAUGCCACUCAGAUAGUAUACUCUGCUGAUGGGCAGCCCUACGCUGUUGCAUAUCCCUAUCAGUACCAAGGCGGGUACGCUGCUCCCGAAGUGAACCACGUUAUUAUUCGAGAGCGACAGCGUGAAGAUGGAGGAGAUGUGGCUUUGGGCAUGCUGGCCGGAGCAGCUACUGGUUUGGCACUCGGCUCUCUUUUCUCUGUCUUCUAGUGUCGUGACUAAUAUAACAUUUAUUAGCACACAGUUCCCCCGUAUUCACAGCAUAUGGCUUCUUCUGUGUGCCAUCACAUGAGUUCGAAUGAAAUGUAUCUGUUGGGCUACAUCUAUGAAGCAUGAUUGUGAUGGGAAGUGAAUUACUCACUACGUGUCCUAAAAAAAAAAAAAUCCUUUAUAUUUAACUAUAUAUACACACAGGCGACAAAUUAAAGGAGAAAAACAACAUUAAGUGUCUUAGUAAGAUGUUGGGCCACAACAUGCUGCCAGAACUGCUUCCAUGCACCUUGGUGUUGAUGCUUUAAGUCUCUACAACUCUACUGCGGGGAUGUAAUGCUAUUCUUCCAAAAAAUAUUUAGCGUUUUGAUGAUGGUGGUGGAGCAUGCUGUCUUCAGGUGGAUUUUUAGUUCCCUGUUGGUAUCUGGUCAAAGGGAAUUUAACGAAUGCAGAGGAUAUGGAGACGCAAUUAUGUCAAGUCUUCCAACAGCCUGUGAUGCUAUGCAUAGGUUGAAUUGGUUGAAAAGGUUGACUAGCGCCGCUUGUGACUGCAGAUACAACAGGCCUGCUGCACGUCGUUGAUCCAGUUUAGGACCAACAAUGACACAAGUGUAGCCUACAGUUCCGGUUGUUCCACAGAUUUUUGUCACCAGCCCCCAAGUGGUAGCAAACAGGUAGAUGCAGGUAUGCAAAGUUAUGAAUAGCACCAAAACAGUAGCAUGUUUCGGCUUCAUCAUCUUCCAUAGGAGUUCCGUUUGGUUGAGAUCUGGUGAUUGUGAAAGCCAAAGCACAUACAUUAUUUUCAUUAUUCAGUGAAUGGGGGGCUUCGCCAUCCUUGAAGAGUCCCAUCAGGAAAGAUAUGCAGGUCAUAUAUUGAUUUGCUUUACUCUAAAGAAACAAUUGCCCACAGCAGUACAACAGUCACCAGAUCCCCUCACUGUAGGGCUCAAGGUCAGGUUUUUCCUUUAAUUUGUCACCUGUCUGUAUAAGUAUAUAUACUGUUAGCACUUUCUCAUAUGCCCUGUGUUGCUGUUUCCCAACCCUUUUAUAUCAUCUGAAUAUGAAUGUUCUUAACCAAAAAAAAAAUACAACUAUUACUCACUUUUAAGAGUUAUUAUAAUAACAAGACAGACGCUACUCGUUUCAUCGUACACUUCAGGUCUUCUCAGAUAAGUUUGUUUCACGGAUCACAGGUGUCCUUUGUAUUUGCUAAGUAAUCUUUACAGUGUUUGGUAUUUUUUUCACUGGUUUUAUGUUAAUUUCUGUGUACUGUACUUUUUUGUUAUUUUACUUUGUUUUGGUUGUGAUUAUGCAGUGUUUCUCUGGUUCCUCAGGUUAUUAACAGUGGAGGCAGCCUGCAAUAAGUGUUAUGUAGAGAACUGGAUAAAUGAAAAGCAAUAAUCACUUUCAUUGUAAUAUUUUGAGGGAACCAUUUAGUAGAAUCUGGUAAUGAUAUUGUCUUUACUAGAAAUAAUAAGUCUGUAUGGAGAAACACUAGCAUUUGAGUGAAAAGGGACAUCACUACUCUUGACUCGUAUGUUUGUAUGCUUUAUUUACUGUCAUUUCUUUCAUUGGCAGCUGUUGAAUCAUACUUGUCAUUUGAAGUGUGUUUAAAUUUAUGUUCUGGUUUUUAUUCUCGUAGAUCAGGUAAAUCAUACGCUUGAGAUUAAGUGACAUUUCAAAUGCCCUGGACUUUUUUUUUCACUCCAAAAGCUUUGAAUGUUUUCAGGUUAAUUAUGUUUGUAUUCAAAAUAGUAACUUUUGCCUAAUGGAAAACAUCUUGGUUUGCACAUCAAACAGGUACUUUAUUUAUCAAUGAAACCAACGGAAGAGAUGGAAAAGUAUUUCGGUUUUGCAAGCAGCGCAUCAUUGAUGUCAUUUUUCUACAGGUCUUAAAUUUAUUUGUAGAUGUAAAAUUAAAUGAAACCUGUUAUAUUUCGCUUAAUAAAUGUACUAAUUAAAUUAUGAUUUACCCUGCAUUAUAACUAUGAUAAGAGAUGUAUUUUAACAAUUAAAUAUAUUCAUAAAGUUAAUAA